ACCAACCCUGGGCGACCCCCUGCCGUGGCUCGGCUCCGACCGGCCGCCGCGCCCCCCCUAGAGCGGGCGUGUAGCCUCCUCGUCUCUGCUCGUAGUUGUUGGUCGCCGUGGACGUGCAGCGCAGCGACUGGUUUGGAUCCGAGUACCCCGGCGCCUUUCCGAUGAGCCGCGGUGCUUCAGUGAGUUUACGAGAAUCCAUUGAACUAUUUUGAAUUCCAAAGGCAAUGGAAAUUAAUAUGCUCUGCUUCUUGUUGAAAUUAGUAAUACGUGUUUAUUUAGUCUUUGUUUUUAGAUCAACGCACGCUCUCCGCCAUUGUGACGAAUCACUUCAUGUCUGGCUAAAGCGAUUGUGUUCAAGACAGAAAAAACACUUGAACCAGCAGAAUAGGAGAACAGAGGCUUGGCAUCAAGGAGUUCUUAGACCGCUCCAAGUGCAUCCCCAGCCUUCUCUCUGUUCUUGAGCAGCUUUUGUAAAGCGAUUGCGUCCAAGACAGAAAAACAUUUGAACCACCACCAGGGGAAAAUUCUGAAUGUUUUGUGCUUCAUGACGGGCGGCUAUCAAGCAGCUCAGAACUGUUAAGUCUUGGUUCCACAGCAGCUCUUCGUUUUUUCUGCUCCUUCUGGAUUAGUACAGGUUAAGGGAUGACCAUUUCCAAAUUUCUUCCAAGCCAGAAAAGAUAAGACGCACACUUCUGCACACAUGUCUCUUUUGGUUUAUGCAACCUCAUGUUCAACUCUUUGAUCAAAGAAAAUAAUAACACGGCUUCAAUGUUUGCUGACCCUUGGCAGGUCGCGAAACACCGUUAUUCUGUCAAGACUGUAAACAGGAGAAAACUCUGAAUGUUUUGUUCUUCAUGAUUGCAGGGUCACUUUCAUGCUUAGAAAUGUAUGCCAGUCAGGAAAGGGAUAUACACUGUCUGGUGGAAGGCUGAGUAGCAACUGAAGAAAAGGAGGGCGUCAUGGCAUUGAAAUUUCAAAACAGUAAGUCUUAGUUUUUGUAUGCUCCUUCUAGAGUAGCAGAAGUCACUAGAUGACCAUUUCCAAAAAAUUUCCACUCUUUAUGUAUGUCUCUUUCAUUUUGUACAUUUCAACUCUUUGAUCAAAGAAAAGAAUGACACGACUUCAAUGGAGAAGUAAGAUGAAGACUCACGGUGUCCAUAUAUAUAUUGCUUGCUCAUAUUGCUUCACCCAGCUUUGGCAAUUCAUCCUUUGCAGUACAGCAUUCCUCAAGAGGCAGUAAAGUGAGGAGGCUCUCAAACACACACACACACAUGGAGGUAAUAUUUUCUGCUGCUAUGGGUGAGCUUGUCAGUAGAUCCAUAUCUUUCCUGGUGGACAGAUACUUGAAGCAGCGGACGGCCGCGACAACUGAGGAGGAGAGGCUGCACAGCCUGCAACGGCUCCUACUGCGGCUUCAUGUCGUCGUCGAGGAGGCAGAUGACCGGCUCAUCACAAACCAGGCCAUGCUGCAGCAACUCAGCAUACUGAAAAAGGAGAUGUACAGAGGAUAUUACACCCUCGACAUCUUCAGUUGCCGAGCCCAUGGAGAAGGAAGGGCAAAAGAUCAUGAAGUCAACUACUCUUUUGCACCAUCUAUAUUCAACCCUGCAAAGCGUGUAUGUUUCUGCAGUGGCAACAGGGAAGGUGCAGCACAAACUGAGCUGCUGGAGCAAGUUCUUGGCGGCAUAAGGAACACCAUUGAAGAUGUGGGUGAGUUCAUCAUGUUUCUAAACAGAUGUCCACGUUUGACCCGCCAACCCUACAACAUGUGUCUUCUGCUGAACAAGUGCAUGUUCGGACGCCAAAUGGAGAUGGAACGUAUUAUUAACUUCCUGUUGCAAGCGGAGACUCCUCCCGGUGCCGCUGGUAAUCCGGCUGUCCUGCCACUCAUCGGUCCCGGGAAAGUUGGAAAGAGCACCCUGAUCGAGCAUGUGUGUGACGAUGAAAGGGUGCGGAACCACUUCUUUCAGAUUUUGUGUUUCAGUGGGGAUGAUCUAAAAGAUGCAAGUGUAGAGACCCUAAGAGAUGGCGGUAGAAUCAAGCAUCGAAACCGUGCCAUGGGCGGUGGAGGGACACUGAUCAUCAUUGAGCUGUUUCUGGACAUCGACAAGUCUGAAUGGAAAAGGUUGUAUUCAUCUGCCAGAAGCUGCAUCAGAAACGGCAGUAAGAUCAUAAUCACGAGCCGGUCCAACAAGAUCUCAAACUUUGGAACCACAGAACCCCUCAGAUUACAGUUCUUUUCUCAAGAAGCAUACUGGUACUUCUUCAAGGUGCGUACGUUUGGGAGCACGAGCGCGGAGGACUACCCGAAGCUCGCAGCAAUGGCCAUGGAAAUGGCCAAGCUGGCGAAUGGGUGCUUCAUGGCUGCGACCAUCUUCAGUGGACUAUUAAAAGACAAUUUUGACCACCGUUUCUGGAGCAUUGCCCUUGCAACCCUCAGGAAUUUUAUGCAGACGAACAUCUCAGCGUAUGGGGAGAGUUUCAGUGACCCCUGGCAGAUGGCGGAGCCAGUAUAUGUCAGGAGAGCAAAGAAAACUUCGUCUAAAUGGUUAGUGAUUUUUGGUGACUACCAGACAUGUGCUGCUGAAACUGAAGCUGAAGAUCGCGAGAUGAUUAGCGUACAAGACCUUUUCCUUGGAAGCGUGAGGCCUCGAGGAAAAUUCAAGGUCCAUGCAUGGACAUCUCACCUGGAGCCUCACUACAAUUACAUAUUUCACUGUGAGAUUCAAAGACCACAGCGUCUGGUCGCCAGAAACAAGCGCUGUUAGUAAAGACCGAAGUAUACAUAUUACAGCUGUAUCUUGACGCGUUUUAGUGUUAGAUACAUCCAUAUCUAGACAAAUUUAAGAUAAAUAAUUUGGGAUGGAGGUUGUAGUGUGCAAUUUCAAUGUUAUUUUGUUGUUGUUCCUGCUGUAAGUAUAUUAAGCAAUUAAGAACACUGUAUGGGCUACAAGUUUUGGAAAUUUCUUUGGGAGGGUGAUAUCAGCGAGGCAUUUGAAUUGCACUAAUCCAACACUCCAAACUCAUGAAAUGGUUUAUGGUUCUCAAACAACUUGAAAUGAUGCAUGUAGAUUAGAUAGAUAUUGUGAGUUGUGACUGUCAUCC